AACGUCGUUUAGCUUCUCACUCUCCCAGUUCGAUUUUCAGACACUGAAGAACCCUAAACCUUUUUCCUCAAUGAAUUCCUCAAUCGUUUCUGGGUUUUGCUGAAUUCGUCAUCUGCUACUGACUCCGCUGUUUCUGGAUGGCUAGAUGGGAUCAGAUUUUCUCCUUACCUGUGCAAAAUCCCACCUUGCCAGAGUUUUCUUCUGCUGAUCUUGUUUGGUCCAAGAUCGAAGGUUACAGAGACAAUAUAGAUAGGUUAGCACUCAUCCCUUAUGCGAGGGUUGAUGAUUUUGUAAGAGGCGAAUCCUCGAAUAAAGACUGCCCUACGAGUUUCCAUGUUGAAGCUAGACGCCGGAAAGCCAAAGGGAAGAAAUAUAAGCCAAAAGUUGAUGGCAUCUUGGAGUAUAUUCUGUAUUGGUGUUCGUUUGGACCAGAUGACAAUAGAAAAGGCGGAGCUGUGCGGCCAAGUAGGAGCACAUAUGUCCCAAAAAAGAACAAUGCAGGCCGACCAAAUUCCAAAAGAGGCUGCAGGUGUCACUUCAUUGUGAAGCGCUUAAUUGCAGAGCCAACGGUGGCUUUAGUAAUUUAUAACAACGACAAGCAUGUAGAUGAAAAAGGGUUGCCAUGCCACGGGCCACAAGACAAAAAGGCGGCUGGAACAAGAGCCAUGUUUGCUCCAUAUAUAUCAGAAGAUCUUAGGUUACGUGUACUGUCUUUGCUUUAUGUGGGUGUCUCUGUGGAGACCAUAAUGCAAAGGCAUAAUGAAUCAGUGGAAAAACAAGGCGGUCCAAGUAACAGAGAUGAUUUGUUAACCCAUAGAUAUGUUCGAAGACUUGAGAGGAGUAUUCGACGCUCAACAUAUGAGCUCGAUGAGGAUGAUGAUGUUAGCAUCAACAUGUGGGUUGAAAGUCAUCGGAGUCAUGUGUUUUUCUACGAGGGGUUCUCUGAAACAGAUCCUUUUUCCUUGGGUAUCCAAACUGAGUGGCAGUUGCAACAGAUGAUUCGAUUUGGCAACUGUAGACUUUUGGCUUCAGACUCCAGGUUUGGGACAAAUAAACUCAAGUAUCCUAUCCAUAGUCUUGUUGUAUUCGACUCUGAGAAUAAGGCUAUUCCAGUUGCUUGGAUAAUUGCACCGCGGUUUUCUAGUGGAGAUGCAUAUAGAUGGAUGAGAGCUCUUUGUAACCGAGUCCAUGCCAAGGAUCCCUCCUGGAAGGUGGCUGGGUUCAUAGUUGAUGAUCCUUUGGCUGACAUAAUAACGAUCAGGGAUGUAUUUCAGUGUCCUGUCUUGUUUUCUUUUUGGCGUGUUCGCCACGCAUGGCAUAAGAACAUAAUCAAGAGAUGUCCACAAACAGAGACACGUGUAGAGAUUUCAAGACAUCUUGGGCAGGCUGUAGACAAAAUCUGCAGAAGGCAAGGAACAGCCACAUUGUUUGAGGGUUUUGUAGACGAUUUUGUUGGUAGUCCAGAAUUUGUGGAUUACUUCAGAGCUGUUUGGUCUCCCAGAAUAGGAGCUUGGACAAGUGCGUUACAAUCUCUUCCCUUGGCAAGCCAAGAGACCUGUGCAGCGAUGGAGCUGUACCACUAUCAGCUGAAGUGCAGGCUCUUGAAUGAGAGGGGCUUUGAAGUUUAUCAACGUGCUGAUUGGUUGGUUGAUAAGUUAGGGACAAAAGUACAUUCUUACUUCUGGCUUGAUGAAUAUUCUGGAAAAGAUGAUUUUGCCCGGUACUGGAAAGAGGAAUGGGUGAGCGGUUUGACUUCUUUCCGCAAAGCAUUGAGUAUACCAGAUUCUGAUGUUGUUAUCUCUGGUAUGUCAGCAAAAAUAACAGAUGAGUGUGACGGUGGCAACGAAGUUCAUGUUGUGUGGAAUCCAGGUUCACAGUUUGGGGUUUGCAGUUGCAGCUGGGCAGAAAAGGGUUACAUAUGUAAGCACAUGAUCAAACUUACACAAGUCAGUCUUGGAAACCGGGCUGCUAGGCAAUCUGCUAGCCUUCUACAGUAUUAUCAGACCCUGAUUGAUCUCCUUCACUGCCCACCUCGCGAUUCCUUAUUCCGUGAUUAUGCAGUUUCUUUAGCCGUCUCUGCGGAAAAGCAAAUCAAUGCACUCGGCGAUCUCCAAAAGAGUGAUGCUAGUGAAGGUACUGUGCAGAAAGAAGUUGCUUGCAAUGAACCAUCAUCUAAUGGAAAAUCUCUUGAUGAAUCUGGCGUAGUUGCUACUGAUUUAGAUGGAGAGUUGAGUAAUAUGCCAACGGGUUGGGAUAAACUUAGAGCGUGCUCAGGAAAUGCAGAAGACAUAAUUACCGGUUCUGCAAUGGAAAUGGAUCCUUCACCUUGUUUAACCAAAGCUGCUGCAGAGGAUGUUAUCUCUACGGUGCAGAAUGAGACAGACAACGCGAAUGAGGAACAUGAAAUAGGUGCAAAAAGGUUGAAAAUUUGGGCACCCGAGCAAGAGACCGUAUGAAUGAUGGUAACUGAGCCAAGAACCUAGCCAGAGUUUCCAAGAUUUGGCUGAGCAUUCUAAUGUUGAACAUACACAAACUGAGAAGCAACUCUGCUAGGUCUCAGUGAGCAUCCAAUUCAUAGCUAUGACGAAGAGGCUCUCUACAAAGAGGAAAUUGAAAGAAACCGUCGUGCUAACAUUGUGUCUAAACCUACAAAGUUAUUGAGACUAUCCAGUACCAUUUUGCUUUGGUCUGAAAGAAACAACAGCUCUUAAGUAAUCUGGUUACAGUCUUGUACUCAGCUAUGUUCCAUGGAAUUGUUAGACUACUAUAGACUUGGUGAAUAGAUUAUGAAAGUCACUAAUGAGAGUGUUUCUGUCAA